AUGACCGUAACAUACACCGGUGAAGUUGCAACUUGUAGAGGUUUUGGAACAUUUUUAAAAGUUUUAAAUAGAUGGCGAGGAAGUAUAUAUAAACUAAUAUGGUUGGAUUUAUUAGUUUUUUUACUAUUAUAUUACAUACUGAAUUUGGUUUAUCGAUUGCUCCUGAAUGAAGAAUCUAAAAGGACAUUCGAAGGAGUAGUGAACUAUUGCAGUUUUCACGGUAAUGUUAUUCCGUUGUCUUUCGUGCUAGGUUUUUAUGUGUCUGUCGUGAUGAACCGCUGGUGGAAUCAGUACACAACCAUUCCAUGGCCAGACUCUAUUGCUGUGUUUGUUUCAGCCAGUAUACACGGACAAGACGAGCGUGGUCGGUUGAUGCGUCGUACUAUAGUACGUUAUGUAUGCCUUUGCCUCACUAUGGUGCUAACUAUGAUCUCUCCUAGAGUUAAGAAAAGAUUUCCGACACUAGAUAAUUUGGUAGAAGCUGGUCUUCUGCUGGACAAUGAAAAGACAAUUUUAGAGAAUUUAAAUGAUAAGUUCCCAAAGCCGUCAAAACAUUGGUUACCUAUAGUUUGGGCGACAAGUAUAGUGACAAGAGCCCGGAAAGAGGGACGGAUUCGUGAUGAUUUUGCAGUCAAGACAAUAAUUGACGAAUUAAAUAAAUUCAGAGGUCAGGCUGGGCUUCUACUCAGCUACGACACUAUAAGUGUUCCUCUAGUUUACACGCAGGUAGUAACCAUCGCUGUUUACUCAUAUUUUAUAACUUCAGCGUUGGGUAGCCAAUGGAUCGAUAACAAGCUGCAAUCACAUUCUUCUUCAGUCUAUAUAAGUAAUAUAGACCUUUAUUUUCCGAUAUUUACAACAUUAGAAUUCUUCUUCUACAUGGGAUGGCUAAAAGUGGCGGAGUCUCUUAUAAACCCAUUCGGUGAAGACGACGAUGACUUCGAAGUGAAUUGGAUUGUAGACAGAGAUUUACAGGUUUCGUAUAUGAUUGUGGACGAAAUGCAUCACGAACAUCCAGAACUGAUCAAAGAUCAGUAUUGGGACGAAGUGUUCCCGUCUGAGUUGCCAUACACGAUUGCAACAGAAAACCAGCGAGAAGAGCAUCCAGAACCUUCCACAGCGCGUGUGGCGGUCCCUCCUAGACAGCGAAGCAUGGUCACCGUAGCGCCCUCCAGUGUGAAAAUCGACGAAAUGGUCCCCUCUAACACCGUGAGUUACAAGUUCGCCCCGCCCGAGCAAUUACAAAUGAAUGACGAUGCGCAAUCUGGGAUACAUUUUAUUGUAUCGAGAGGAAGCAAGCGUGGGAAGAAAGAAGAUAGGAAUUCGAUGGGGUCGAGUAACUCGAUGGCAUCUUUGCAACAAAUACCUAUGACACGAGUGAAUUCUGUCACAUCUAUGUUGAAACGACUCUUUUCGAAGGACGAUCAACGACAGCAGUCGGCCACUCCUGCGGCGACACAAACAGAUGGCGGUAAUCGUUUUAUGAUAUCGGCUAGUAACCCAACAUUGAAUAAGCCGGCAACAGCGGGUGGUGGAAGUAUGAAGAUUGCCAACGAAGUCAUAGAAGAAGUAGAUGAACAAACCACUAUCACUAGCAUGGGAAAACGGCCGGAAGUUAGACCGACAGCUAUGAGUUUGUUCGCGCAGGGACCGCUCACACCAAGUGACCCCUUAAAUGUGCCUUCGAGGAAUUCUAAUCACAGUUCCAAAGACACCCGACUAUCAACAUCUGCGCCAUCAUCACAAUGGAUACGAUCUGGCGAGAACGAUGUAGACGGUGACCUCAGUCCUACUGCCAAAUCCUUUAGUACUCAGGCGUCGUUUCCUAACAUGCAACGGCCACGCCUAGACAGCGAUGUGGGGCCUUCGUUGAGUGCAGCGGGCAGUCAGACUUUGAUGGACGAAGUGGACGGCGCCGAGGACGCGGACACGGACGACUUCGACCGCCUGCGCAACAUCCGCGAGCAGCACCGCCGCGAGAAGUACUUGCAGAAGCUCAUGGCGCGCUCCGUCAGCGCGCAGCAGCCUACCGGCAGUGGAGAUUUGAUAGAUAACGAUUUGUUAAUAGAGGAACUUAUUAAACAAUCGAAACAGACCAAAGGAGAAGACUCGAAAGAUGAUACAACU